AUGUGUGUGGAUUUCAUAAGAAAUCGUUCUUUUGUCCGAGUUGAUGAAUUUGUUUUGAAUUUUCACCCAGGUCAUAUUAAUCACUCAAUUUUCUGGAAGAACCUUGCCCCUGUCCGUGAGGGUAGUGGUGAGCCUCCAAAGGGUUCUCUUGGCUGGGCUAUUGACACUAACUUUGGUUCCCUGGAAGCUUUAGUAAAAAAGAUGAAUGCAGAAGGUGCUGCUUUACAGGGCUCUGUCUGGGUGUGGCUUGGUGUAGACAAAGAGCUUAAGCGCCUGGUGGUUGAAACCACUGCAAAUCAGGACCCUUUGGUUUCUAAAGGAGCAAAUUUGGUACCCCUUCUGGGUGUAGACGUUUGGAAACAUGCAUACUACUUACAGAAAUUAUGUGUUGGCUUUGCAAGAAAUAACUAUGGCGACGUGAACAAUGCUUCAACUAAAUUGUCAGAAAGAAAUCUGCAACUGUGGAGCGAAUUGUUUGUGUUUUUCUGUGAUUUUUUUUAUCUCCUUCAAAGCAUAUUCUUUCUCCUUCAAAGAGCGUAUCAGAUCAUCCAUGUGUAAAUGGUAGCAAGUGGCAAGUAGCUCAAUAUGUACAAUAUUAAGCUUCGGUUACUUCUCCUCCCCAUGUAUUCUCAUGCACAUUCUGAGAUUAAUAAUUUAUCUAUUCGUAUUAGCAACACUUUUGGAA